CCAUGGUUACUACUGGACGUGGUACUGAAAUCGAAGGGGGCGUCAUUGCCUUGUUCCACUUGAUGGCCACCCGCAAAUGUAAGGUCCGUGCCUUGCGUGAAGCCUUCUAACCUCAAAACUUUGUCCAACUUGAUGAACUUGUUGGCCACUGUUCUCGUUUUCGUCGUUGCCAUAUUACCCAUCAAGUCUGCCCAUUAUCGUCAAUACAGCAGCUAUCCCAUCAAAUUGUUCUACACCUCCAACAUUCCCAUCAUAUUGCAAUCGGCCCUCGUCUCCAACUUGUAUGCCAUCUCACAAAUGUUGGAUGUCAAAUUCCAAGGUAACUUCUUCAUCAACCUCGGUGUUCUCGGUGUUUGGGCUGAUGUUGGCCGCCCAGCUCGCUCUUAUCCAAUUGGGGGUCUAUGCAACUGCCUAUCGCCACCGGAAAGUGUUGGUCACAUUUUAAACGAUCCCAUUCAAUCCAUUCUCUACAUCGUCUUCAUGUUGGGCUCUCGCGCUAUCUUCUCCAAGACAUGGAUUGAAUAA